AUGGCUGUGCAGCUGUUGGCCGACGUUUUCGAAAAGGAAAAGCUCAUCAAAAAGCGGUUCAAGGUGAAGGGUUACUUAGUGGAUUUCCCACCACGACGGGUCAUGGCAGACGAAGAAGAUGAGGAUAAGAAGAAGGAGAACCCGAUAAGUACGAAGGCGAUGGAGAUGAAUGUAUCCGCUCUCAAGGUCAUGUUUUCCUACUUCAGGGUGACAAGUGGUAAGAAAGUUCCCAUCCAGAAGUUGGAGGCAGCACAGGGUGUUCGGGAACUCUUUGAGAUCAUCAAGACGUUGCGGGAUGAGGAAGACGCUAGCGCCGAUGCGGGCGGCGAGGGCGAGGAAGAGGAGGAGGUCGAUGAUGAUCCCCUUUCCGAGGGUUGCGAGGAGGAUGUCAGUUCAGCAAGCAAGGGUUCAAAUAAGUCUUCGGAGACUGCAAAGGAUAUGGACGAUGGCCGUGGUGUGGCAGCUGCUUUGGCGGAUGUUGAGCUUGAUUCUCAGGAAGAUACCCAGGCCCCGAGGUGGCGGUACAGGUCGAAGUCUACUUUGCAGUCUUUGGCGACCACGGCUGUUCUUGGCGGCUCCAAGGAAAACCUUGGAUCCCCUGCUGAGUCCUACGGGGGUGCAUUGACAGGGGGCCAGGAAGAGGAGCUGCAGAAGCUUCUGCAGGAAAUCAGUUUGUAUGAGUGCGGCGAGCCUAAGCAUCCGGAUACCGCCCACCACGAUGCCCUGCUCCUCAUGAUGGGGUCCCCAACCCGUGCUUCAACUGUCCGAGGAACCGGUGAGACACCACCUACCUGCAAGAAGCAGCUCUUCGCGGAUGAUCCAGCAUGGCAGCUGAAUCCCGACCAGGGUGGGCCUCCCGUGAGUGAGGCACUCGUGCGAGAAGAUGCACCGGGGCUUGAUGGAGAGAAGGUUGGGCCUCCCGUGAGUGAGGCCAUCGAGGUGGAUUCGAGUCCGGAGAAGAUCAAACCGGAGCCACAGUCCCCGGACCCCAAGCAUGCAUUGGUCCAGCCGGUUUCUUUGGAUGAUCAGCUUGCACUUCGGGCCGGUCUUCGAGAGAAGCUCCGUCGCAACAGAGGCGGCAAGAAGGCUGGCAAGGUGAGCAAGACCAAGAAGGGCAAGGGGUGCGCCGAUGAAGGCUCUGGUGAUGCAGGGACGGGGGCCUCGAAGCGCAAACGUGGCACCUGCGAUGCUGAGCCUGCCUCGCCUGUGCCAAAGGCAAAGGCGAAGGCAAAGGCAAGAGCGACGGCGAAGGCGACGCCUAAGGGUAAAGCCAAGGCCAAAGCGAAAGCAAGGGCCAAGGGCAAAGCGAAAGCAAAGAGUUCGCCGCAAGGGCCUGUCGAUAGUGGUGUUGCUCUCAAGUUGAAGCCGGAUCGCAGCCGAACUGGCUACACCGAGUGUGGCACCCUUUUGCUGGGAUGCUCCAGCUGCCGCUGGGGUGUGCUUGGCUGCGGGACUUGCCGUCGCACGAAUUUCCACGGUGCCCGGUGGAAUGCCGUGGCAUGCGCAGAGAGCGAGGAGUGA